GACUUAUUAGCAGAAUUCAUACUUCUGCGAGACCCGAGAGGCUUUGCUCGGCUUGAGGCCCGUACGGCCAAUAUAUUGCAGAAGGCCUCCCAUCAGCCUCUCUCGUCGCAGCUGCAACACGGCAGGACGCCGAUGACGUCACAGCCUGUACCACGCCGCACCUCCUGUCUUAAAAUACGUCUCCGAACUGGUGAUCUUGCACCCUGACACGGGCACCCAGCUCCAUUCAGGCAGUUCACGCCCGGAAAUUACCGAGUCAGUCAGUGUAUGAUGACCGCUAGCCACGUUGACGCUGUGACGGGCUUACCCUGGCGUAAUUCACCGCUUAUCGCCCGCCUGGAAAACAAGGCAGAGUGAAUGUCCGAUGGUAAACAAAACGUCAACCACUUUUCUGAUAGGCUUUCUCAAAUAACGAAAUGUGCUACCAUAACUUCACCCAACAGCAACGGCUGCGGCCACAUCGGCGAAUCCCACUCCCAACCAUGGACGCUCUGCGACACCGCCCUCCACCGCCUCAACGACCUGCGCGGCCCCAUGUCGCCCCCCCUCUCCCCCGCCGCCACCCCAGCCCCCAUGAAGCGCUCCGCAUCAACCCGCCGCUUCUUCUCGCUCAGCCAAACCAUCUCGCGCUCCGCCUCCACGACCUCGCGCCGCAACGUCUCCUCCCCCGACUCCGCAAGCGAAACCUCGUACUUCGCCGCAGCAGACCCCGUCAAACCACUCAACUACGCCACGCUGCCCGCCCACCAGCUGAAUGCCGUGCGAUGUGCGGAGCCAACCAAGAAAUCAGCAAUCAGCCGCGAAAUGGACGUCUGCAAGGAGUGCAAGCGGUGGCUGGCCGACAUGCGCGGCAUGCUGGCGCGGUAUGAUAAGACGGGGAGCAUCAAGGGGACGGCGGCGUUCGAGGCGUUUCUCAAGUGGCAGAGCGAGGGCGGCGAUGGCGAGGGGGAUUUGACGGUGCCGUUGGGGGAUAGUGUGGAUGGGGUUGUAUUGGGGGCGAGGGAGGCGAUUGUGCUGGGGCAUCCGGGGGGGCAGUA